UGCGGCAGAGGUGCUCGAGGAUAGAUCCUAACUACGGACAAGAUGAGGCUCUAACACAAGGAUGCUAGGAGGCGUGGUGGCGCGGCACACCAGUCUGCGUCGGCGCAACAGCUCGCCGCCCCCGGCUCAGCUGCCAUCCGGCGCCAUGUACAGCCGUCGCCGCCGCGCCGUCACCACCUCCGACCACAAGUCAUGCGCCCUCAUACAGACCAGGAUCAAGCUGGGGGACAUCAUGUUGGCGGCAGCACAGGAGGCGGCAGCGCAACAGCGGGCUGGUCGUGACUGGUCCCCCACCGCCAUGGGCCAGCCAGGGGGCCCCAACCAGCCCGCAAAGGGCCCCUCCUCGCUCUUCCUGCUCAGCGAGGACAACCCCCUACGCCGAUACACCAGAUUCAUCAUCGAGUGGCCUCCGUUCGAGUAUGCAGUCCUGCUCACCAUCAUCGCCAACUGUGUGGUCCUGGCCCUGGAAGAACAUCUGCCACAGAACGACAAGACCCCGCUAGCAAAGAAACUGGAACAAACGGAGACUUAUUUCCUCGGCAUUUUUUGUGUAGAAGCAUCCCUUAAAAUCUUAGCAUUAGGUUUUGUACUUCAUCGCGGCUCAUACCUUCGUAACAUUUGGAACAUCAUGGAUUUUUUCGUUGUAGUAACAGGGUUCGUCACAAUAGUCUUUACGGAUUUCACAAAAUUAGAUAUGGAUCUGCGCACUUUGAGGGCUAUUCGAGUGCUCAGGCCUCUCAAACUGGUCUCUGGUAUUCCAAGUCUACAGGUUGUGCUCAAAUCCAUCAUCAAGGCGAUGGCACCCCUGCUACAGAUCGGGUUGUUGGUGUUGUUUGCCAUCGUCAUAUUCGCCAUCAUCGGGCUGGAGUUCUACUCGGGGGCGCUGCACAAAACCUGCUACAGCCUAGAAGACUUGAGAAAGAUCGUACCAGAGGGUGAGAGUGAAACGCCAACUCCUUGUAAUACGGACAAUAGAACUGAGUCGCCAACAGGUUCAGGGAGACCGUAUGAUUUUGGUGGGAGUUAUGCGUGUGAUCCGAACAUCUCUGUGUGCGUAGAGGACUGGGAAGGGCCUAACUAUGGGAUCACAUCAUUUGAUAACAUUGGCUUAGCCAUGCUCACAGUGUUCCAAUGUAUUACUAUGGAGGGAUGGACUGCUAUUUUAUACUGGAUGAAUGAUGCCAUAGGUAGUUCUUUCAACUGGCUUUAUUUUGUCCCUCUCAUUGUUCUUGGGUCGUUCUUUAUGCUCAACUUAGUUCUUGGUGUUCUUAGUGGUGAAUUUGCCAAGGAAAGAGAAAAAGUGGAAAAUCGCCAGACUUUUUUAAAGUUGAGAAGGCAACAACAACUUGAAAGAGAACUGAACGGCUAUGUAGAAUGGAUAUGUAAAGCAGAGGAGGUAAUUUUAGCCGAGGAAAGAACUACAGAAGAAGAGAAAAUGCACAUAAUAGAAGCAAGAAGAAGAGCAGCGGCAAAAAGAAAAAAGUUAAAAAACUUGGGGAAAAGCAAAAGCACAGACACAGAAGAAGAGGAGGGGGAGGAGGAAGGAGAAGAUGUGCCUGUUAAUAAGAAAAACCGAAGAGAUCCCACUGGAGCUUCGUACUUGAAAGCGAAAGCGAAAAAUAAAGGAGCUUGUCAGUCAUUUUGGAGGGCGGAGAAGAGGUUCAGGUUUUGGAUCAGACACACGGUGAAAACACAAACGUUUUACUGGUUUGUGAUAGUGUUGGUGUUCUUCAACACAGUGUGCGUAGCUGUGGAGCACUACAACCAGCCCCAACACCUUACUACCUUCUUGUAUUAUGCAGAAUAUGUUUUUCUUGGCCUUUUCAUGCUGGAAAUGUUGAUAAAAAUGUAUGCUCUCGGACCUAGAAUUUAUUUUGAAUCUGCCUUCAAUAGAUUUGAUUGUGUAGUUAUCAGUGGUUCAAUUUUUGAAGUUAUUUGGUCAGAAGUUAAAUCCGGUUCGUUCGGACUGUCAGUUCUAAGAGCUCUCCGCCUGUUAAGGAUAUUUAAAGUGACAAAAUAUUGGUCUUCUCUGCGCAAUCUUGUGAUAUCCCUGUUGAACUCGAUGCGUUCAAUCAUCUCCUUGUUAUUCCUGCUGUUUUUGUUCAUUCUCAUCUUCGCGCUGCUCGGAAUGCAGCUGUUUGGUGGUCAGUUCAAUUUUCCCGAAGGCACACCACCUACCAACUUCAACACUUUCCCCAUUGCUCUGCUCACAGUCUUCCAAAUUUUAACCGGUGAGGAUUGGAACGAAGUGAUGUACCAAGGUAUCCAGUCCCAGCGAGGGCCUAACAGCAACGGGAUGAUCUACGCUGUUUAUUUCAUCAUCCUGGUGCUCUUCGGCAACUACACUCUGCUCAACGUGUUCUUGGCCAUUGCUGUUGACAACUUGGCUAACGCUCAGGAGUUGACAGCGGCCGAGGAGGAGCAGGAGGAGGAAGACAAAGAAAAACAACAGAUGGAGCUAGAGAAGGAGAUGGAAGCGCUACAGCUGGGGCCUGAUGGCAACCCUAUUCAGGUGGAGAUAUGCCCUUCCUCCCCGGCACACCACUUCAACAAAUCGAAAAACAGCAAAAAGGAGGAAGAAGAGAAAAAGGCUGAUGAGGAUGAAGAAGGACCUAAGCCAAUGCUGCCAUAUUCCUCAAUGUUCAUUUUAACCCCCACUAACCCGCUACGCAGAGCGGCACAUUGGGUGGUUAACAUGCAAUACUUUGACUUCUUCAUCAUGGUAGUGAUAGGUCUGAGUAGUAUCGCGCUGGCCGCUGAAGAUCCUGUUGUAGAUAACUCCACAAGGAACAAGGUCCUCAACUACUUCGAUCAUGCCUUCACCGGGGUCUUCACCUUAGAGAUGAUACUUAAGGUCCUAGACAUGGGUAUCAUUUUACACCCAGGCUCUUAUCUACGAGAGUUCUGGAACAUCAUGGAUGCUGUUGUAGUUAUAUGUGCAGCUGUCUCCUUAGGGUUUGAAAUAAGUGGCAGUGAUGCGGGUCAGAAUCUGUCCACAAUCAAAUCCCUGAGAGUGCUGCGUGUACUGAGGCCGCUCAAAACUAUUAAACGAGUGCCCAAACUGAAAGCGGUGUUCGACUGUGUAGUAAACUCAUUAAAAAAUGUAAUAAACAUUCUCAUCGUCUACAUCCUUUUCCAGUUCAUCUUUGCUGUUAUCGCCGUCCAACUCUUCAAUGGGAAAUUUUUUUUCUGUACAGAUGAAAGCAAAUCUACUGAAAAAGAGUGCCAAGGAAUGUACUUUGUGUUUGAAGAAGGAAAAACACUGCCAAAAGCCGAGCUGAGAGAAUGGAAGCCAAGAUGUUUCCACUACGACAACGUUGCCGCAGCCAUGCUGACGUUGUUCGCCGUUCAGACGGGGGAGGGAUGGCCUCAGGUGCUACAAAAUUCAAUGGCUGCAACUUAUGAAGACAUGGGUCCAAUUCAAAACUUUCGUAUAGAAAUGUCCAUUUUUUAUAUUGUGUACUUUGUGGUCUUCCCUUUCUUCUUUGUGAAUAUAUUCGUUGCAUUGAUUAUCAUUACAUUUCAAGAACAAGGCGAAGCUGAGCUUCAAGAUGGAGAGAUUGAUAAGAAUCAGAAAUCCUGUAUAGAUUUUACAAUUCAAGCAAGGCCUUUAGAAAGAUAUAUGCCGAACAAGAGAAACAGUUUUAAGUACAAAAUCUGGAGAAUUGUUGUUUCCACACCGUUCGAAUAUUUCAUAAUGAUGCUCAUUGUAUUCAACACACUGCUCCUCAUGAUGAAGUAUCGAGACGCUCCCCCCCUCCUCGACGAUAUACUGCAGAUCAUGAACUUGGUCUUCACUAGUUUUUUCCUUAUCGAGUGUAUUUUGAAACUCAUCGCGUUUGGAGUGAAGAACUUCUUCAAAGAUCCGUGGAAUGUGUUUGAUUUUACAACAGUCAUCGGAAGCAUCGUUGAUGCUGUAGUUUUAGAGCUGAUGGAAAAGAAUAAGGAAACCCCCAUUCCAAAGAGUCCUAACGGUCAAAUGUACCUAAACGGCUUUGACGCUUCUACAAAGGAUAAUUCAUUUAACAUGGGUUUCCUGAGGCUGUUUCGAGCGGCUCGGUUGAUCAAACUACUGAGACAAGGGUACACGAUACGAAUCCUGCUGUGGACCUUUGUUCAGUCUUUCAAGGCCUUGCCUUACGUCUGUCUGCUCAUAGCUAUGUUGUUCUUCAUUUACGCUAUUAUUGGAAUGCAGGUGUUUGGUAACAUAGCUCUACAGCCUGACGCGUCCAUAAACCGACACAACAACUUCCGCAGUUUUGUCCAAGGUCUCAUGCUGCUAUUCAGGUGUGCGACGGGGGAGGCCUGGCCUUCGAUCAUGCUGUCCUGUAUCAAGGGGCGAGCGUGCGAUGUACAGGCCUCCAAGGCGGAAAAUGAAUGCGGAUCAAACCUCGCUUACGCUUACUUCGUCUCGUUCAUCUUCUUUUGUUCAUUUCUCAUGCUGAACUUGUUCGUUGCUGUCAUCAUGGAUAAUUUUGAUUAUUUAACCAGAGAUUCUUCUAUAUUAGGAGCACAUCAUUUAGAUGAAUUUGUAAGAAUAUGGGCAGAAUAUGAUCCAAACGCUACGGGUAAAAUCCACUACACAGAAAUGUAUGAUAUGUUGAAAAAUAUUGAUCCACCUCUGGGAUUCGGUAACAAGUGCCCUAACCGCUUAGCUUAUAAAAAGUUGAUAAGGAUGAACAUGCCCUUGGACGAUGACGGCAAGGUCAACUUCACCACCACGCUCUUUGCUCUCAUCCGGGAAAAUCUCAGUAUCAAAAUGAGAAGUGCCGAAGAGAUGGACCAGGCAGAUGAAGAGUUGCGGGAUACCAUCAAACAAAUUUGGCCCCUUCAAGCAAAGAAAAUUUUAGAUCUUUUAAUACCCAAAAAUGAAGAGCUGGGAAAGGACAAGUUGACAGUAGGCAAGAUCUAUGGAGGUCUUCUGAUCCUAGAGAGCUGGAGAUCCACCAGGUUUGGACAGCUAGAGUCGUCAGGGCCCCCGGGAUUUGGUGGUCAUAGUCCUCCAAAUGAGGCGGGCCCGGGGCUAGAAGAUGUUAUCGGAUCCCGUCGUCAGUCUACAGACUCUGUACAGGACCAGACCCAUCUUCAUCCUACGUCUAGCUACAGACACAACAGACCUCGCUCACGGUCACCGAGUGUCAGGAGAAGAGGGCCUCACGACCCAUCGGACAUUGCCCGUAGUCCGUCGCCUCGCAGAAUGCAUCCCAACAGUCACCACGGCCACGGCUACCACGGGCACCCCUACCACCACCCCCAUGGUCAUCCCCACCACGACAUAGGCUUCAGCGAUACUGUGUCUAACGUCGUGGAGAUAGUGAAAAACGAACACUCCCACAUUCGGCGGCAUCCUUAUAUCAGAGAGUAUUCUGACGAAGAUGGAUCGUGGUCAGCCUCAACUAGUCCUGCGCGGUCGCCCAGUCCGGGCCACCACGGUCACAGUCACGCUGUGUCUCGUCACGGGUACGGCACCACGUCACUGGAGCAGAGGUCACGCUCACCCUCCCCCAGGGCCCAACGUACACAGCACAGCUACCCCGUGCUGGUGGCACGUAGAGGACAGGGGCGUCGUCUACCGCCAACCCCCAGCAAACCCUCCACUCUGCAGCUGCGCCCCGCCAACAUCAACUUUCCCAAGCUGAACCCAUCCCCCACACACGUGCCCCCCCACUACGCGGUCCCGCUCAGCUUUGAGCAGGCAGUAGCGAUAGGUCGGGGAGGCCGUAUGCUGCCGUCUCCUGUUCCAAACGGCUACAAGCCUCCGCCUCUGCCCUUGGAUUGUGAGCGACACAGUGACUCUGACGAUGACGACUGGUGCUAGCCUUUGCUGACAGGUAGCAGCAGCUCACAGGGACGUUACACUCUCUAACCGAGCCCGCUCGGUCCGCCGUCUUUCGACCGCUUUGUAAAUACCGCGACCUCUCUCAUUCGCAUCUCGUACGUGCUGGCCUCAUCGAGACGGUGGUCCGAGAACUGCUGCUAGCUGACAGCUCUAUACUGCCGUUAUGUCUCUCACUUCCCCUCAAGUGCUUUACAAAGUGAUUGGGUUGUUUCGUUUCGUUUUCUGUGAUAACACUAGAUACGACAUUACUCGUCGAUGUAAUGCGGACACUUUUGAAUUGGUGCUCAGUCCAGCCGAGGACCGUGCCGGAAUUAGUCGACUCUAGCUGUAGUGUGCGUGUGUGCGAUAGUGUGUUGUACAUUCGGCGUAUUUUAAUUUUGUACGAAAACUGGAUUUUUUAAUUUCGUGUAUAGGUCGCUGUGGCACCCGUGUUUUCUACUCGUCUUUUGCGUGGAAUGUCUGAUUUUAAAGGGGUAUGUUAUCGCUGUUUUCUUAGGUAUAUAAACUCCUAGUGUUUGCUAAUAAAUUAUAUUAUCGAUAUCCUGUUGCUCGGUCGAUGGGAUCGACUUCCCAAUCGUUAACAAUAUUUCAUUAUUAUAUAAACUCGAAACAAAGAUGCCUUAUUACUGUUUGUGAGUUUUGUGUUUGUUUGUUUAAUUUUGUUUCUUUUGUCAAAGGAGUGGAAACAGCAUUACACCCUUUUAUACUAAACCAUCGAAUGCUAGAGAUUUAAAGAUUAGGUUGACCCCCGUGCUUAGCAUGUGAAAUGAUGCUCAUACACACGAAUCAUACUUCCUUCAAAUCAUUCAAGAAAUUCUUGUAGUCUUUUUGAAUGGUUUUUGAAAAACGUUAUAUUUUUAUGUUCAAAAUUGCCAAAACUCUAUAUGGGGGACUAUCAGUACACUUGGUUACAUAAAUUACAACUGAGGUUGGUAUUAAGAGACAUUACUUACUUUUAUAACAGUUUUAACUGAAAAUUAAUAGUAAAUUAUUCAAAUCAUCCUUUACGUCUGAUUUUCCAAGGUCAACAUCAUGAAAUUGUGUUUAUGGGCAAACAUAGCAAUUCAUUAUAACAUUGUUAUCCUUAUUCAUAUUCUAUUAAGAUUAUUGUCACCACACAAAAAGCUCAACAUUUUAUUUUAUGAAUCUGAUAGGUUUAAAUAAUCCUAAUAGCGUUAAGUUUAUUGUUGAUAAGUUCCAUCCAUCACAUAACUCAUGUUUUGUUGAGGCAAUUUCAUUUGCAUUAUAAUAUAAUGCAUUUAUUUUAUGGAUAUUAAUAAGUUAAAACAUUCUUCACCUUUUGGUUAAAGCAUCAUGAAAAGUUUGUCAAGUUCAUGUUCAAUUUCGGUAGCUUUACUCAGACGCAUACCAUUCCACUGUUCAACUUCUGACCUAUUAUUUUUUCUGAUGCUAAUAUUUUUCAAACUUUUUUGUACAGAUGCAAAAUAUUUUUCUGAGGUGAAAGCCACAUCUGAAGGUAUAGUAAUUUCAUACCUAAACUAGGUAAUUAUUUCCCAUUCAAAUCAACCAUACAAAGACAACCUGCUUGAUUUAUUGCUAAAAUCUAACCUCAAUAAAUUUAGAUCUUCAUCCGAGAUUUGCGCUAAAAUAUUUUAAAGUUAUGCAGAAAAUGUUAUUUUGUGAGGAAUGAAAAAUUCUAAACCAGCAUGAACUAAUUUCAAUCAUUGUUUCAAAUAUUGUAAAUAGCAUCUAUACAUUUUUGUGAAGACUGCCUUAUACAUUAAGAGAUAUCAUUGAAUAUUACUAUUCCGACAGUAAUAUUACCGUAUUAUUGUGGUUGUUUUCUCACUGAGCGUUGAGUGAAUGUGUGCGUGACUGAAGCUCCUAGUCCCGUGUACAAAGCUAUGAUGUUCCCUCUAUAUUGUUAAGAGGGACCGGAACCAACGUAUGUAUAUUGUAUAUUAUCCCUGGUCCAACAACAGUACUCCAUUACCCGCCUUAGUUAUUCGCACACUGCUUGUACUAAAAAGGUUUGAUUCAAGUUUUUUUUACUACUGGGACCUAUUCUCUGAGAAAUAUUAUUUAGCGAUUCGUUUGAAUUUCACUUUUUGUGGCUUACGAUUUAUGAUGUUUGUGUAAAUAUUGCUAGUUGUUUUAAGGUAAAAUGAUAUAUUACGAAUUUUGUAUAUUUAUACAUUGUACAUCCGAUUUCAAUAUGUUGUUUCCAUAAAUGGUGAAAUUAGAUAGGCUAGUUUGAUUAUUUUUCAAUGUAUUCAGAAUUAUUGAUAGAACUCUAAAUAUUCUUCAUUUUAAACUAGUUCCCUUCUUUAUUAUUUUUGUCAUUCUUGCUUUGUCUCUUUUGGUACUGGAAAUAAAAUUAAAAUCUUAUUAACUAAGCCUAAAUAAUUGUGUUCUUGAAACAAAUUUAUUUAAUGAACAGUAAACAAAUCAGCAAAAUAUUUUAAAAUUUUAAACCGAUAUAAUUAUAAAUAUCUACUUUACUUUAAUGGUUUUACUGGUAUAAAUAAAUCACUUAAAUUUAUAAUCUGUUGAGGCACUUCAAAAAAUAU